CAGCAUUUUCAGCAAGGGGUGCAUGAGUAUGCAAGGGAGCGUGCGCACAGACAGGAUUACAUCAAGUGAAGGAGGCGGCGGAGGACAAUGCGGGAUUAAAAGAGAGAAACAACAGGGAUGAAACAAGAAGUGAUGAAGAAGAAACUAAAAGGGGAAAGGAUCACAAACCACGGAGGUCUAAGGAUGUGGGACUUUGGCCCUGGACAGUGAAAGUGGGAUUUUAAGAAGUGGAGCUGCACAAGGAAUUCAAAAUACAACCAAGUGACAGAACAACUAACUUGGGGGGGGAGGGGGUAACUCAAAAACAACCUCCAUGUUGGAAGACCUGAUCUCUGGGAGCAGGACAGAGUCUGUCCUCCGACCCUGCCCCCAUACCAGUGAUCAUUGGUGCCAUGGGAACAAGUAGGACCAACAGGUACGGCAUUGUGUCAGACAUUUUACCUGAGGAGGAACGCCGAAGGAUCUCUAGCUUAGGACUCCAGAACGGCCACAGUUCCACCAACUUCCAACUGCACUCAGCCCGCGACACAGAGACAGAGGACAGCCAGAGGAGGUCGGGAGCCUCUGCUGCGAGGGGUCAAGGAGGGAUGAACAACUACAACGGAAAGGUUCUGACAAGGGGCUCCAAUCAAGUACGGAGCCGGUUUGUAAAGAAAAAUGGACAAUGUAAUGUUGUGUUCAACAACAUGGAAGAAAAGAGGCAACGGUACCUAGCGGACAUGUUCACCACCUGCGUGGACAUCCGCUGGAGAUAUCUGCUGCUUCUAUUCUGCACCAGCUUCAUGGUGUCCUGGCUUUUCUUUGGUAUUAUCUUCUACACUGCCUCCCUGGCACAUGGGGACUUUGAGGAGCACCCCACGGUGAAGGGUGAUGGGCCGGUGGUUGGGGGGUUGCAUGGACCCACCUCUGGACACACAACCGGAGGGCAGCCACAAAGGAUGCCCUGCAUACUUCAUGUCCAGGGAUUUGUCGGGGCACUCCUCUUCUCCAUGGAGACCCAGACCACUAUUGGUUACGGCUGGCGCUGUGUUACUGAGGAGUGCCCCGUUGCGGUAAUAACAGUGGUGAUCCAGUCCAUUGUCGGCUGUAUCAUUGACUCUUUCAUGAUUGGCAUCAUCAUGGCUAAGAUGGCGCGGCCGAAGAAGAGGAAUCAGACCCUCAUGUUCUCCAAAAAUGCUGUCAUCUCCCUGCGUGACGGCAAGCUAUGCCUCAUGUGGAGGGUAGGCAACCUGCGGAAGAGCCAUAUUGUGGAGGCUCAUGUCCGUGCCCAGCUCAUACGGUCAUACGUCACAGCUGAGGGCGAGUUCAUCCCCUUGGAGCAGAUGGACCUAAACGUGGGCUAUGAUGAGGGCACAGACAGGCUGUUUCUUGUAUCCCCACUGGUCAUAGUCCAUGAGAUAGAUAAAGACAGCCCCUUGUAUACUUUAAGCCGAGCCGAUCUGGAGACAGACGACUUUGAGAUUAUUGUGAUCCUGGAGGGGAUGGUGGAGGCCACGGCUAUGACCACCCAGUUCCGUAGCUCGUACCUUGCUAGAGAGAUCUUCUGGGGUCACAGGUUUGAGCCAGUGAUCUACGAGGACCGAGACCGCUACAAGGUAGACUAUGCUCGCUUCCACAAGAGCUAUGAGGUGCCAUCAACACCUCACCUCAGCGCCAAAGAGCUUGACGAGGCUGCGAGCCGGCCCUCUUCGGCUACUUCUCCCGUCUCCGCGUGUAGAUCCACACAAGACUUGAUUCCCAGGUCGCUGGGUGCCUUCUGUUACGAGAAUGAGGUAGCACUGAGCUGCGGGGAGGAAGAGGACGACAUCUUUGACUCCUCUCAGGCUGUAGGGAAGGAGAGGGCAGAGGAAAGGAGGACUUCAGUUUCUGCAGACCUCCAAAACAUGUUCCAGGACAAUGUGACCAUGACAUCCGGCAGUCACAGCGUCAUGUGUGUUCUGGACAUGGACAAUAACGAGAUGGAAUUUGACAUCCUACAGACAGCCAUUCCUCUUGAUCCUGUGACCUAUAAGAGUGAGCACGAGAUCUAACGAACAGAGCAAGCUCCGUUUUCCCUCCUCUUUCACUCACAAAUUUGGACCUGUCAAAGGAUUUCUUGGUGACAAGUUCAUCUUUGGAUUGCAUGUACAGAUAUAUUAAAAUCCCUUUGUUUUGCCAGUGUGGUUCUAUAUUCAUAUUUGACUGUGAUUUUCCUCUCAUGGAGAUUAAAAGUUGAGAAAAAGGAGAAGGCAGAUGCAACUGCCGUCCUUCGGGAGCCAUAACAACCAGUCAGACUGAUUUCGCAGGAGGAAAACAAAUCAGAGGUUGGCUUUAAGCCCUCUUAGUUUGAUUGUUAAUUCAUAAACAAAGAAAAGCACACCAACAGAAAAUGUCCGGAAACUCUAAUCAUGUUUUAGACUGUAAGUACAUUUUGCAUAGUUUAAAAACGCACGCUAGUUGAGAAUUCCCUUUUCUUCUGUCAAUGUAAACAAGAGAUUCUAUGAAAGCAAUAGCACUUUUGACGAACCUCUCCUCCUUUCUCAAGAGGACUUGGUCAAGAUUUAAAUGGUCUUUUUUUUUCUUGUUCAUAGAAUUCAAUGGUUAUCAUUCCUGCAGUAGCAGUAGUUCUUUGCAAAGUCUGCUAUUUGCACUUUUGUGAGUACGUCUGUUUUGUUAAAUCUUUUUCCUGAAAAACUUCAAAAGCCUCCCUUCAUCUAGGUGUUUUAGUUUGCGUCAGUGAGAAUCUGCUGAUGUUGAUUUCGCUGUGCAGUUUACCAACAAGACCAUUCCAAGUGCAAUCAUUAACAGUAGCAGCAGCAGUUUUGGUUUUAAUUAAAAAUGGGAUAAAGAUUCCUUUUUCACAGAUUACUUGAUUUAUUGCUAUUGAGGGAGAAAUUUUGAAACUUUUAUGUGGAAAACAGAUAUUAAACAUUUAACUCAGUAGAAAACAAGACUUUUAUUAGAUUUCACAUACUUAUAGUAGUCUAAUAUUAAUUUACUAGUGCUAUAGAUAUAAGGCAAAGUAGGCUCUUUUGUUUAGUUUAUGAAUCACUUCAAAUCACUUUUCUCUUGGUUUGUUUCUUGUUGAGGUUGCAGCCAGUGAUAACAGGAACAAUACUGAGAAGUGGCUUUAAUUCAUGCGCGUGCUGUUGUCGUUCGCCAAAGGUCUUGAGAUGGAAAGUGAAACGCAGAGCGAAGAGUAUAGUCUCUGAAAAUGUGCAAUACGUCACUGGGUAUGGUUAGAGAGCAUAAAGUGUAACUGUGUGUCAUAAGAAUUACCUUGAAAUGAGAUGUCGCGAUGGUUGUAUCAUAGAUGACUUUCAAUAGUCAGUUGCUCUCCUUUUUUGCGGGCGCAGAAAAGCAUGCUGGGAGAAGCAGGACAAAAAAGAAAAUUUUAUUCACAGAGACACUGAUUUUGAAACACUGGCAAUUAAACUACUGAUUGUAGUGGUGAUCAGUCAAUCAAUCAGGCAGAAACUAAAAGGUUUAAAUAUCAACUGAACAUUUGUUGAUGACCAGAUACAAACACUACAGCCUUCCUGGCAACUUCUUCUCACUGAAGUCAGACUGACUGGUGCACCAACAGAUGUCACAUCACUGAGCCUCGCCAAAUUGAUAAAGAAGUCUACACUUUGAAGUAUAUACCUUACCUGAUAAUAUAUUUCUUUUUUUGUUUUUAUCAAAGGUUAGGAAAUUCAUGAAGACAAAUCCCAAAAAUGUGAAAAUGCUUGAAAGGUUUUGACUGCCAGCGUUCAUAAGUUGUUUGGAAAUGCCAGUUUUGAGUCGUGUUAUGCUUCAGCAUGAGCACAACAAGAAGAUGAUUGAGGUAAAUGUAUAAGAGACAUAGUAUUUAGUUUUCCUUGCUGCAAAGUCUUCCUGCUUCGUAUGAAUCAAAAGGUUUUCCAACCUCUGAUUGCAUGGAGAUAAAGUCGCACAAAGCAAGAUUUUGUCCUUAUUGAAAUGCCCUAAAAAGAGGAAAAAGAAAAUCUCAAGUAUAAAGCACUUUACUCUUCCUUGUAUGUCUUUUGAUGUUGCAAAUAAAUAUUUAUAUAAUU